CCCUACAUCCCCAUCCAUCCAUCCAUCCAUCCUCCAGCCGUACCGGAGGCCGCGGCGCCCCAGGCCGGGCUAUGGAGCGGCGCCGGGUGCCGGCACAAGCCCGGCGGGGUGGCGGCAGGCCCCGGCACAGCAGCAAGGCUCGAUCCAGGGCCGGCGGCGCCAGGAGCUCACCACCAGCGAGGGCCAGGGCCGCGGCCGCGCUCCCUUCCGGCCGUCCCCGGUCGGGCCGGGCCCGUUCAUCCCGGCAGGGCCGGCCCGAGCCGCCCUCGGGCGCGGGGCUGCCGGGGGAGCUGGGCCGGCGGUGCUGGCUGGCGCUGUGCUGCGAGCGGCUGCCGCAGGAGCCGGACCCGCCAGAGACCCACUUCCAUGAUGCACUCUUGGCAAAUUCGGAGGAGUCGCCGGUGAGGAGUGAGGCACGUGGAGAUCCUCCAUCACCUUUUCUGGAUGGACAGCGAUACUAUGAACAGGGGUCGUACAAACAAGCAUUAAAGCGAUUUGAAAAAAUCAAGGAUACAGAUUUUCAAGCAAUGUAUCAGCUUGGUGUAAUGUAUUAUGAUGGACUUGGCACUAAAAAAGACCCUGAAAGGGGAGUGGAAUACAUGAAUAAAAUACUCAACUCUGAUUCCCCAGAAGCAAGUCACUUGAAGUUUGCAGCUGCAUACAAUCUUGGCAGGGCGUAUUAUGAAGGAUGUGGUGUUAAACAUUCAGUUGAAGAGGCUGAAAGGUUGUGGCUCACUGCUGCAGACAAUGGAAAUCCAAAAGCAAGUGUAAAGGCCCAGAGUACUUUAGGAAUGCUUUAUUCUAUGCCAAUUCUAAAAGAUAUGAAGAAGGCCUUUUUCUGGCAUUCAGAAGCAUGUGACAAUGGAAAUCUGGAAUCAAAGGGAGCACUUGGCAUUAUGUAUCUCUAUGGACAAGGUACACAUCAAAACACUAAAGCUGCUUUGGAGUAUUUGAGAAAAGCAACAGAACUUGGAAAUACCUAUGCUCAAGGCCAUCUUGUGGAAUAUUACUACACUAGAAAAUUUUACUCAAAAGCUGCUGAACUAGCCGAAAGGGCUACAGCAAAUGAUGACAUCAACAUGCUAGCCAAGAAAAUUGAUUGUCAUCCAACAUAUUUAGCCAAGGGGGCUGCUAUGGCUGCUUUCUACUUGGCUAGAUGCCUCCAGCUUGGCCGAGGCACAGAGAAAGACCGGAAGGCUGCUGAGAAGUACUAUUCUAAGGCAUGCUAUCUGGAUCCUGUUGUUGCUUCUCACCUUGAAUCGGCAGCUAAUCUUGGGAUAAUUUAGUGUUUCUUUAACUGUGACUGGUAUAUAAUAUAUUUCCUACAAUAAACCGUCAUUAAUCUCCAGCAAUUAUAGACUGUUCAUCACUUACUGCUUGCUUUUCAACUUUCUAUAAAUUGUUAUUUAAAGCAA